CCCUCUUUACGAUUGACCCAAAAACCAGCGAUUGAAAUGAUUCACAAAACGUUUAACGACGCCAUUCUUCCCCUUUUACACAAAUCCAAAUCCCUGCAACAUCUCAAACAAAUUCAUGCCCACCUACUCAAGACCCACCUUCCCGAAAAUCCAUACGCCAUCGCACCUUUGCUCGCCGUCGCUGCAACUUCCGGCUACAAUGGCGGUUCUUUUUUCUCUUACGCUUGUGAAAUUUUCAAGAACCUGCAGCAGAGGAAUAUUUUCAUGUACAAUUCGAUGAUCAGAGGGUAUGUUCUAUCCCAGUCUCCGAAACAAGCGAUUUUGUGUUACUUAGAUUUGAUCGUUCAUAGGUUUUCCGCUAAUAACUACACUUUUCCGCCAUUGAUAAAAGCUUGCGCGUUAGUUUAUCAUGAAUUGAAGCGAAUAGGUUAUUUGGUUCAUGCCCAUGUUAUUGUACUUGGAUAUGAGAAUGAUCCUUUUGUUGUGAGUGCGCUCGUUGAAUUUUAUUCCUUGUUCGAUUUGAAAAUUGCACGUGUAUUGUUCGACAAAAGUUCUGUGAAGGAUGUAGUUGUGUGGACGGCGAUGGUUGAUGGGUAUGGAAAGAUUGGUGAUGUUGAGAAUGCUAGAGUGUUGUUUGAUGAAAUGCCUGAGAGGAAUGUAAUUUCUUGGAGCGCUAUGAUGGCUGCAUAUUCUCGAGUUAGUGACUUCAGAGAGGUGCUUUCUUUGUUUAGACAAAUGCAAGAGAAAGAUAUUAGGCCCAAUGAAUCAGUUAUUGUUAGUGUUCUUACUGCUUGUGCUCAUCUUGGUGCUAUAACACAAGGACUUUGGAUGCACUCUUACGCCAAGCGCUACGGUUUGGACUCGAACCCAAUAUUGGCUACUGCAUUGGUUGACAUGUAUUCAAAAUGUGGUUAUAUCGAAUCAGCUUUAGCAGUUUUUGAGGGCAUUUCAAAUAAAGAUGCCGGGGCUUGGAAUGCAAUGAUUUCGGGUGUUGCAAUGAAUGGGGAUGUGAUGAAAUCACUUGAAUUAUUUAAUAAAAUGAUUGUCAAUGGAACUCAAGCUACAGAAACUACAUUUGUAGUUAUCCUUGCUGCUUGUACACAUGCUAAGAUGGUUGAGAGGGGGCUUAAAUUGUUCAACCAAAUGUAUCCUGUUUACGGGGUUCAACCUCAAUUCGAGCAUCAUGCUUGUGUGGUUGAUCUUAUGGCUAGAGCAGGUAUGGUAGAGGAUGCUGAGAAAUUUGUAGAAGAAAAAAUGGGAGGCUUUGGUAAUGUGGAUGCAAAUGUGUGGGGAGCAAUACUGGGUGCUUGUAGAAAAUAUGGGAAUAUUGAAAUUGGGAACAGAAUUUGGAAAAAGCUUUCAGCUAUGGGUGUAUCAGACUGUGGUACCCAAGUUCUUUCAUACAACAUCUAUUCUGAAGCUGGAUGGGAAAUGGCGGCAAAGGAGGUAAGAAAAAAGUUCUCAGAAGCUAAAUUGAAGAAAACCCCAGGUUGUAGUGUAUUAGAGGUUGAUGGCACAGUUCAAGAGUUUCUUGCUGGCGAUCUCUCUCAUCCACAAGUGCAAGAUAUAUGUGAAAUGCUUGGUUCUCUUUCUAGAAUGGUGAAGUGGGAGACACUUGGUCGAGUAAUUUAGAAAUGGUUUUCAAACAGGAGAAGAAACUCUUUUAGAAGUUGUACAUUUCAUUUGGUUACUUCAAUACUUUUCCAUGAAUUCAGAGGCAGCGAGUUAUCUCUCGACAAGUUUAAAAAGUUAUGCUCGAGAUGGAAAAAGUCAAAUGCAUGGCCAGGCCAACAUGAGAAAGAAAGGACAAAAUCGUAGUAAUCUUGCCAAGAUCACCUAUACUUUGAGGAUAUUCUGGUGUCAUCCAUUUGCCGAAGCCAUUGAGUAACAUUCACAUCUUCUGCAGAUCAUCUUCACGCUAUAGGGAAGUAAGAGGCGCUCUCUAGUGCCUGCAAAAUCAAUGGAAGACGAAUCAUAGGUUGGUGGAGCCAAUCCUGCAAGGUGACCGCAGUCCCCAACUUGUACCUAAGUAUCUGUGAUCCUGGUGGGUAUAAAUUGGUCUGGAUGCUCAUGGCUGUCUAAGAUAAGAUCUUUUUAAAGCACUUGGGACCAGUUGGCUACUCUAUCACAGAGCACUGGGUUUCCUCCUUAUGGAUGUGGACUGAUGGAGAUUUAACAAUAUGUCACUGUCACUUGGUUAGUUCAAGGAUUAGGAGUUCUAAAAACCCAGUUGGUGGCCAAAGCUCAAGUUCCUAAUUACCAAAUAGUAAAAGGUAUCUGAAUUUCAAGCAUUUUUUUCCCAACUAUCUAUUAUUUUGAUUCUUCUAAGAUGCAAUAUAUGUAUUUUAUCUUUUUAAGCGGAUUCUUCUCUUGCUUUCUGGGAUCUGUCAAGGUCACAAUUUAUUGUAGAUAGUCUUCAAUUGAAUCACGUCUCUAAGACCUCGUUUAGUAACCAUUUGAUUUUUUGUUUUUGAAAAUUAAGUCUAUAGACAUUAUUUCUACCUCCAAAUUUCUUCUUUGGUAUCUACCUUUUACCAAUAGUUUAAAAAACUAAGCAAAAUCUUGAAAACUAAAAAAAUGGCUUUUAAAAACUUGUUUUUGUUUCUAGAAUUUGACAAUUAUACUUAAGAAAGAUGCAAAUCAUUGUAAGAAAUUGGGAGAAAAUGUGCUCAAUUUUCCAAAACCAAAAACAAAAAAUCAAAUGGUUACUAAAUGGAACUUGAGUUUUAUAAACUUCUUAUAGAUUUAUUAUUAUUACUAUGUUAUUAUUAGUUCAAUAGUGAUAGAAACGUGACAAAGUGUAUGUAGCUCAUGAGAUUGACAUGUACUUUUCUUGUAAACGGAGGUUUAAAUAUCCAUACUUUACAUGUACUAAAAAAGAUGUAAAAAUGUAAGCCUUCAAAAGAAAAAAUAGUGUACCAAUGAGUUGUGUUCAUGUUGAUAUAAAAUUCAAAUGGGUUGAAAUUUUA